AUGCUUAUUGGCAUAGUAUUUUUCUUUACAUAUCUUAAAAUUUGUCAUUGCAUAUUGUGUAAUGAUGGUUCAAAUCCAUGCAAAUUAGACAAAUCAGGUUUACCUAAUUCAUAUUUUUUACCGAUAAAUGGUUAUCAUUGUCUUGAUACUUUUGAUGGUAAUAUUCUUUGUACAUGUCCAGAUAAAUCAACAACACGUAAUCGACCUUGUCGAAUUUGUGAUCGUGUUCCACAUCCAUGUGGUAGUGGACCAUCUGUUGUAACAUGUAAUGAUAUAAAUCAAUCUUUUUCAUGUAUAUGUAGAGAUAAACAAGGAGAAUAUGUACUUUCAGAUGAACCAUGCGAUAAAAAUGUUGUUACACCUCCAAAUGAAAAAAAAUGUGCAAAUGGUGGUGUUAGAGAUCCUGAGACAAAUCAAUGUUAUUGUCCAAGUGGUUUUACUGGUAGUCAAUGUGAAACUCGAGCCGAUGGUCAAUUGUGUGAUAGAAUUCAAUGUAUGUCAACUGGUAUAUGUGCUGUUCGUCCUUUAUUUAAUGGAUCAAAAAUAUAUCAAUCAAAAUGUCUUUGUCGAUCAGGUUUUGAUGGAGAUUAUUGUGAAAUAUCAAGUAAGAUUGGUUCAUGUACACCAUCAUAUUGUUUAAAUGGUGGAUCUUGUAAUCAACGUACAAUUGGUUCGGAGGAUUAUAUUUAUUGUCAAUGUAGACCAGGAUGGUCGGGUUCACGGUGUAAUAAACAAUAUUUUCGUUGUCGAUCACCGGGAUAUUUCAUCGAUGAACAAAUGAAAAAUCAAGGCAAAUUUUUUUCAUGUAGAUUUUUAGAAGCUGAUUAUUUUCUUCAACGAUUAUCAUGUCCAAAAGGUCUUAAAUUUAAUCUUGAAAAAGAAUUAUGUAUUUCAUAA